AUGCGUCUCCAACACGUCCCUGCUUGGGCGUCUUUGUUGGCAUUGACUUCGGCCACCUACCAACCAGCGUCAACAUUUGGUACCGAUCUGCUCGCAGCGAAAGGUCUCAUCAAUCUUGCUGUCCACGGCAUCGAGCAGGCGGCGCAAGGGAAGCAGGGAAGCUGCACUCUCGCAAACGUUGCUAUUAGAAAAGAAUGGGGAAUGCUCUCAAAUACCGAGAGAAAAAGCUAUACGGAUGCCGUUCUGUGCUUGAUGUCGAAGCCAUCUAAGACAAAUCCAUCGGAGGCUCCUGGAGCAAAGACUCGCUAUGAUGACUUCACCUGGACACAUAUCAAACAGACGCUCUCAAUCCACGGAACGGCCAACUUUUUAUCAUGGCAUAGAUGGUACACGUAUAUCUUUGAGAAAGCCUUGAGAGAGGAGUGUGGUUAUCAAGGAUACCAACCCUAUUGUAAGUGCUUCGGCAGGAACUGGGGCAGAUGGGCGAAUGACCCAGUCAACUCUCCGAUAUUCGAUGGAGGCCCUUAUAGCAUGAGCGGUAAUGGUGACUAUGUAGCCCAUGGUUGCACCUACGCUAUCCCCACCAACCUUAACUGUAUCCCUCCCGUACCUGGGCAAGGAGGUGGUUGUGUUACAACUGGCCCUUUUAAGAAUAUCACCGUGAAUCUCGGCCCUGUCGUCGUAAGCUUAAACGGCAUCCCUGAGCUUGUACCAAACAAUGGCAGCGUGUGGAACCCUCGCUGCAUGAGACGAGAUAUUUCAAGCUGGGUCGCGACCCGAUGGACCUCUGACGCAGUUUCUACUGCUCUUAUUAAUGAUUACUCUGAUAUCUAUUGGUUUCAAAAGUAUAUGCAGGGAGACUUUGUUAACGGCGACUAUGGUGUGCAUACCGCCGGCCACUUUACUGUUGGCGGUGACCCAGGCGGAGAUAUCUUUGCCUCGCCUGGUGACCCAAUGUUCUGGCUUCAUCAUGCCCAGGUUGAUCGUACUUGGUGGAUCUGGCAAAACCAGGAUAUUAAGAACCGGCAAAACGCUAUCUCGGGCACGAUCACCCUUGACAAUAUUCCCCCAAGCCGGAACGGUACGCUCGAUGACUUGCUUGAUGUCGGCGUAAAUGCGUCACCUGUCCCAAUCAGUAGUAUGAUGAGUACUACCGCCGGCCCUCUCUGCUAUAUCUAUCUAUAA